AUGUUCGAUGUUUAUGCGAAUAUUUUUCGACUUAUUAUUGUACACUGGAUACCACGGCUUUGUUAUGUGGAAGAGGAACAACGUAACAAGGAAUUGAACGAUUUAAUUUUACCCAGCAAUACGCAAUGGCGCCAUCGAGUUUAUUACACACUGGUCGAAUUACAACGAGAAAAAGACAUCAAAAUAAUCGGAUUAGAAAAAGAUGAAAAGGAAACGAAAUUAAGGGAUCCCCAGGAUUACGAAUGGAGUCCAGGAAAAUUAGAACGAAUUGUGAAGGCGAAGAUCUUGAAGGAAGAAGAUACGACUAGUUUAUGCGCUACGUUUAGUUCUAAUGGUUCUAUGACGGAAACUUACAUCGAACCGGGAUGGCGAAUCGAAGAUAUCCUAUUAGCAGCUAAAGUUCUUGAAGAAGAAAAAACUCAGCCUUGUUAUGCUAACGAAGCUGAGAUGCGACGUGUAUUUGGACUUGUGUACGAUGUUUUAAGAUAUAGAAAUGUUCUGAAUUACGUUCUGCAAGAUGUUGGAUUCUGGUCUCGGAAUCAGGCAUUGAAAAAUCGUGAAAGGAUCGUUUGGUUAUUGUUGUACGAUAUGCAAGGAAGAAAAUUUUCCAGACGUGGUGAUAUCGUUACUAUAAAGGCACGUGAUAAAAUUUUUAAGACGGUUGGCUUGAAAGAUAUCGAGAAUGCUCUUUUAGAAGUUAGGACACAUUUAGCAGCCAGUAUAUCUCGUUUGCGAAUAGCUGGAUCAGCACUUACACUUGAUAAACUAUUGCCGAAACAUCUGCGUACUGGCGAAGGUAUUGUUUGGUCCGAAGGAGAUACUAUUGCUUCUGGAUGGAUCAACACAUCGAAUGGUAGCAUAAAUAAGAUCGAACUGAUCAAAGAAUUAUCAAAGGAAGUUGGAUUAGAACUUUGUGAAAAUUGCGAAGUUGCGGAAUUGGACGAGAAUACUUAUGUUUUCGAUUCGUUUUGUCCGAAAGUAAUAAACGUACACGAAAAAACACGAGAGAGGAUUGCUUGUUCUAGUCUCGUUCGUGAACAUCGAUUUAUAUUUUUGGAACGAUCAUUAUGUCUUGGAGCAGCUGCCAUAGCUCUAGCCAUGCGAAUAGGUCGACUAUGUGGUCCUGUAGUUUUAACUCAUUCGGUAGCACCUCGUCAUACAGGAUAUUUAGCAGAACUUUUAUCAAAUGUAGAAGGUGCUGGUAGACUUUUAGCCUUUGGCACGGGUGAUCGUCGUUACGAAUACGAGGAGUAUUUGAAGAAGCUUGGAAUUACGUUGCAACAAUGUCGAGUAUUUUCGGAAAAAUAUAUCUCACCACCCCCAUCAGUUGAAAUAGAUAGAGCAACUGUUGUUUUAGCUACACCACCGUCCAGUUAUAUCGGUGUCAAGGAUAUCGUUGAUCUCGUGGUUGCUCGAGGUGGUGAUACGAAGUUAUUGGAAUCAUUGACAAAUACUGACGACGAAUUUUCUAAAACUCGUGCCGUUUUAAUCGAACAAUUGACUACUUUGAAAUAUGCUUUAACAAGACCAAACGUACAAUUUCUAAUAUACGAAGUACAUACUGUUUUACCCUCCGAAACAACUAAAAUGGUACAACAAGUUGUCGAUUAUGUUAAUCAAAUGGCUACCGAAAAAUAUAUUCGCGAAUGUCUGCCGAAGAGGAAAGCUUUAUUGAAGGAAAAACAAGGACAGAAUACUAUCAUCAAAACUUUGACGAAGCAUUCCCUACAAAGCAAAAGUUCGAACGAUGAAUUCGAGGAGGAAUCUUCUAUUACUGACUCGUCUUAUACAGAAAAGAUAAAUCAACACGAAGAAAGCAAAAUACCAUCUUCUACGAGAUAUGAUAACAUAAACUCGGCCAUUUUCGACUUGGCUGGAACGAAACGUGAUAUCGAAUUAGAUUUGAUAUAAGAGCACAAAAGGAUUAGCGAUAAUCGAUGACAAAAAUCUUAGGUACCGAAGAGCGAUCUAUUCGAAAUUCAAACUUUCGACGAAGUCUAUAAUAAGGAUAGUACUCAGACAUUAGAGCCAGGAUGUUUUAUAACUGUGAUUAAGCGAAAGGAAAUAAUGCAGUUUGAUUCUUUGUUUAUGAUCAAAGUAGCAGAAUCGAAAGGUCUGUUUGGUGACACGGAUAAAGAACAGAGUACAUCGAAAUCGACUGUAAUGCAAACUCAACCGAUCGUUCAGACUUCUCAUGUCCACCGUGUUAAACGUAAGACAUCCGCUAUCACCUGCGAUGGUCUUUCAAAACCUUUGGGUUCAAUUUUUCGAUCCUUUCGAACACUUCAAUCAAUUGGUGAAAUCUCACGAAGUUCGAACGAACACGAAACACGAAAAACACGAAAAAGUACGGAUGAACGAAUAUCCUCAGCUUUGACUUCCAUUAAGGAUAAAGUUGUCUCUCGAAAAUAUCGAACGGUAAGCAAAUCGUUAUCAAUUUUUCUUUUUACAUUAUUUACUUUAAAUCCAUCGUCGAAACAGAUCUCCAGUAAAGUGUUCUUACCUUACAACAAAACCAAUACUUUACGGCAAAGAGCGAUAAAAAAAAGAAAAUCCGAUUCAUUCGAUAUUUUAACAAUAUCAGAAAUGGAUGCUUGGGAUCAACCGAGUUCUUCGAAUAAACGCUAUAACGUUGUAUCGUUAAAAAAGCAAGAAGGUAAUGAUAAGGAAUCACAAAGAUUUUUAUCCAGUACAGCAUUAAGAAAGUCUGCCUUAAUUAGGGCAACCCAACGUACGUCCUUUGAUAGUAUUCUUACAGAACAAGAUAAGCCACCUCCUUUACAUAUUUUGGAAGAUCAAGAAAUUUAA